AUGAAAUUACAAGGAAGUGAGAAAUUUGUUGGCGUGACUGCAGUACUCGCCGCCUUUCAGAUUGACGGCAGAGGAGCCACUGGACGCGGUUGGAAAUAUCGAAGUGCGGUUUACGGAGCUCUUGGUACGGUAGAGAUUAACGACCAAAUAAACGGUUUACGGACAAUUCUCAGAAGGCGCUCAUUUCUAGACGCUAACCGCCUUUCCGUAUAUGGCUGGUCCUACGGCGGCUAUGCCUCUGCACUGAUUGUAGAACGAGCUCCUUUAGGUUUUUUCAAAUGCGCUAUAUCAGUUGCACCCUCCGCAAAUUUUCUUUAUUAUGAUGCAACGUACACGGAACGCUACAUGGGCAUUUUUCAAAACUCUAGUGUCUUUUAUGCAAAUGCGAUCACUAAGAACGUUACCAACUUUGAAAAAACUCGCUUAUUACUCAUUCAUGGAUUAUAUGACGGUUUGUAG